AAGUCAAUGGAAUAGUUAGUGAGUUUUCAUCAUGUCAACUAACAGGAUCGCCCUCUUCUUUUGCCUCAUUGGACUCCUAACGGUGUUUCCCUCCUCCUUCGCCGGUCAAGAUUGCACUUGUGGCUCGGAUUGCUUCCGAACCAAUGACACCCGUUGGACCCAAGCUUAUGAAGAUGUGGAGCGAAUUAUCAAACGGAUUCGGGUGGGCAACUUCUUGGCCUUCCCUCAACCAGAUAGCACCAUCAUUCACUUCGAUGGCACGCCCACUUCCUUCGAUGGGUUCUUGUUCCAAAAACGAUUGGCCGCCAUUGCCGCUCUUCAAUUGCCAAUUGACAAGAGCUGUCAUCCGGCUCUUGUUAUCACCUACUUCCACUGGGGAUCGUUGUCUAUGGUACCCAGAUUCUCCAGGGGAUGCAUGGAUCAAUGCAGCACGGCCUCAUACAUCGAUGAAUUUAUUCCCUUCCUGCCCACCCCAGCCAUCCCGACCAAUCCUUUGUCCACGAGUUGCUUAUUGGCUCCCCUAGUUGCCACUGCCUUCCGGACGUGUAACAUCAACACGGGAUUCGGCUCCCAUCAGAUUGCCUUCAUGAAUGACGACAUCCAAACCCCGCCAUUUCCAUGCUUUGCCAGUAACGCUCGCACGGCCGUUAAGAUGGCACCCUUGAGUUCCCCGCAACCCGCAUUUGAGAGCUCUGCCAUGAACUCGAUCGAGGCCUUCGUAACUCCUGAAAGAGCGGAAGCUUCGAGGAAGAUUUUGGAAUGCAUCGAAUCCAAAUGUUGCGGCAACAAGUCAAACACUUCAACGACAAGCCGUUUCAGGGAAUCCAAAGGAACCCUUUUCAUUCAAAAAAGCAGAGAUCUCAAUGCUCUUGAAGUGGACUUGAGUCAGAAUACCAGAGCUCGGGAAAUGUCCAUGAAGAGUGUGAUUGAAGGCGUGGCUAUGAAAGAGGAAUUGAGCUUUAUAUCGAAGGAGCAUCCCCGCAUGUUGAAAUCCACCAUGAGAGCUUGGAAUGGGAUGGAGAAAGAAAGCGAAAGCUUCAAACGGGCUAUGCAGCUGGCUAAAACCAUCGACGAGGAUUUCAUUUUCAAACCUCGAGGGCCGACUUUUUCUCCCCGGUCGGAAUAAAUGUCCAAUCGGUCAAAAUUGAAAUAUUAUCAAUCAGCUCUGA